UGCAUUCCUUCCUCGUCGCAAUCAUCAUCAUCCUCAUUCUCCUCGUUCUCGUCCUCCUCAGCAGAAGCAGCAGCAGCAGCAUGCCGGCUCCUCUACUCGGAGAGAUCUUUCCAGACUUUGAAGCCGACACCACUAUCGGCAAAAUCAGACUCCACGACUACCUGGGAGACUCCUGGGGUAUCCUGUUCUCGCACCCGCGGGACUACACUCCGGUCUGCACCACAGAGCUUGGACGAGCGGCCGCGCUGAGUCCACAGUUUGCUAAGCGCAAUGUAAGGAUGAUUGGUCUGUCCAUCGAUAGUGUUGAGGAUCACCACGGAUGGAUCAAGGACAUCCUGGCCUACAAUAAUGACGAGACCGUCUUAAGGUUCCCGUUUCCCAUGAUAGCAGACGGUAAGCGCGAGCUGGCUGUGGAGCUGGGUAUGCUGGACCCAGAUGAGAAAGACCAAACCGGUAUGCCUCUCACUGCCCGAUGCGUGUUUGUGAUCGGUCCUGAUAAGAAGUUAAAGCUCUCCGUCCUCUACCCGGCCACUACGGGGCGCAACUUUGACGAGAUUCUCCGAGUGAUUGAUUCCUUGCAGUUAACAGCGAAUCAUCGGGUGGCUACGCCUGUAGACUGGAAGCCUGGGGAUCGGGUCAUGGUUCCAGCUAGCAUCCCCGAGGAAGAAGCUAAGACCCUGUUUUCUGCCGGAGUGUACACUAAAGAACUUCCAUCUGGGAAGAAGUAUCUGCGCUACACACCACAACCGUGAUCCGUGGAACAGGACGAACCUCAGACAAGUCCAAUCCACCUUUCAAAGGACAAAAGAACAUGAAGAGUCUGAGAGCCCUAAUAGAAGUAGAUGAAAAAACAAAUGUAAAACACAAUGAGUUAUGAACUAAGUUAUGAUGAUGAUGAUGACCAUAAUGAAUUAAACAAUGCAGUACCAGUACAGUAACAAUACUACAAUUAAAUAAAGAUGGGGGAAAAUUUAUUA